AUGGAAAGCAAGAAUAGCACAGUGGUGACAGAAUUCAUCCUCCUUGGUCUGACGCAGUCUCAAGAUGCUCAACUCCUGGUCUUUGCGCUAGUUUUAAUUUUCUAUAUCAUCAUCCUCCCUGGGAAUUUCCUCAUCAUUCUCACCAUUAGAUCAGACCCUGGCCUCUCAGCACCCCUCUACUUCUUUCUGGGAAACCUGGCCUUCCUUGAUGCAUCCUACUCUUUCAUUGUGGCUCCCAGGAUGCUGGCAGACUUCCUCUCUAAGAAGAAGGUCAUCUCCUACAAGGGCUGCAUCACUCAGCUCUUCUUCUUGCACUUUCUUGGAGCAGGGGAAAUGUUCCUUCUUGUUGUGAUGGCUUUUGACCGCUACAUCGCCAUCUGCCAUCCUUUACACUAUUCAAAUGUCAUGAACCCUAGAACUUGCUACACCUUGCUGUUGGCUCUGUGGUUUGGGGGCUUUACUCAUUCCAUUGUACAAGUGGCCCUUAUUCUCCACUUGCCCUUCUGUGGUCCAAACCAGCUGGAUAACUUCUUCUGUGAUGUGCCGCAGGUCAUCAAGCUGGCCUGCACAGAUACAUUUGUGGUGGAGCUCCUGAUGGUCUCCAAUAGUGGCCUGCUCACCCUUCUGUGCUUCCUGGGGCUUCUAGCAUCCUAUGCAGUGAUCCUAUGCCGGGUACAGGGACAGUCCUCUAAAGGGAAGAACAAGGCUCUUUCCACAUGCACCACACACAUUAUCAUUGUGUUUCUCAUGUUUGGACCUGCCAUCUUCAUCUACACUCGCCCAUUCAGAGCUUUCCCAGCUGACAAAGUAGUUUCUCUCUUUCACACAGUGAUUUUUCCUUUGCUGAAUCCUGUGAUUUAUACCCUUCGCAACCAGGAAGUGAAAGCAUCCAUGAGGAGGUUAUUGAAUCAGCACACAGUUUCCUGA